AUCCAGAUGUUGCGUUCAGGCACCAGGAGAAGUCUGGAGCUGCGCAGACAAACUUCCAGAGCCGGGAUGGAAGCAGCCAGAGCGGAUUAAAGGACGAGGACCGGAGGGAAGCCGCUCAUCUGUGCGUAAUCUGGAGCUCUACGGGGCCUGAAAUGUUCGUUUUUACGCACAGGAUCGGAGUGAACUAGUGGUUUUAACUCAGCUCUUUUUUUGGGGGGGGGACCGACAUGGCUUUUGUUCACUUGCUCCUGUGCGCCUGGAUGUGCGCGUCCAUGUGCGGCGCGUUCUUCAGCGGACCGCUGCAGCCGGAGAUGUCCAACGGGACCUUCCAUCACUACUUCGUGCCGGACGGAGACUACGAGGACAACGACGACCCGGAGAAGUGCCAGAUGCUCUUCAAGAUGACCGACGAGCGCAAGUGCGGUCUGGACGAGGACCAGGACGCGGUGAUCCGGGACGACUUCACCAUCAUCAAGCGGCAGAUCGAGGACUCGGCGCGGGUUCUGGAGGGCAUCGGGAAGAGCAUCUCCUACGACCUGGACGGGGAGGACAGCUACGGCCGGUACCUGCGCAGAGAGACGGCGCAGAUCGGCGAGGCGUUCACGAGCUCGGAGAAGUCGCUGCUGGAGCUGGAGGUGAAGUUCAAGCAGAGCCAGGAGAGCGAGCUGAAGGAGGAGCACCGGCUCAGCGACGACUUCCUCACCAUGAUCGUGCACACGCGGGACGCGCUCAAGGAGACCGUGGACAUUUCGCUGGGCCUCAAGGACAAACACGAGCUGCUGUCUCUCAUCAUCCGCAGCCACGGAACCAGACUGAGCCGCCUGAAGAACGAGUACAUGAAGUUCUGAGGAGCAGAACUUUACGCACGACUGUUGGAGCGACUCGGACAGCUUUAGGGGGUCAAACUCAGCUAAGUCCAGCAAAUUAACAAGUUGUGGUGAAGCCACAAGUGAUGCAGCUUGAAGUUUGAUGUUUUUCACCCAGAAUCUAAAGCACAAUCCAGAGUUCUUUCAUUUUAUUUUACCUUCUGUAAAGAAAACAGCAGAAAACAUUGGAGAAACAUGGACAUUGGACGCAAAAUGAAACAUUAAAAUACAGUUUUAAAAAGACAAAAUGUCAUUUCAAAUUGUUCAAAUCCACAAAAGUAAACUGAAAGCCAAUGACAAGUGAGAUUUGUUGGAAACAGCACUCAAAUACACUUUUUACCAACAUAUUUACAUCAAGUAAACUAGAAAAUGUGAGUUGAUCUGACUAAUUUUGCAAAAAUAAUUUAGAAAUGCAUGCAUUUGCAAAGUGUAUUGGAGAAGAUGAACUGAAUCAACUAAUUUAUUUUCUGGUUUAGUAAAUGGACACAGGAUUCACAAAGGAUUGUUGGAGCAACUUAAACACCUUUAGUUGGUGAAAGUCAUUUAUAUUAACAGAUGGUGUUGACGCUGCAUAUUUAAGUUGAAUCUACUUAAAUCAUUCAACUUGAAGUUUGCUUGAGUAUUUUCUUUACCCAAAACACUCUUCGUCUUCUGUUCUUUAAAGAAAACAGAAAAAAAUUAAGAAAUGCAGACAUUCGAUUCAAUUAUAUUGAGUCAAUCCAAGUUAACAAAGUUGUGUUGACACUGCAAAUUUAAGUUGGAUCUAUUUAAAUCUUUCAACUUGAAGUUUGCCUAAGUCUUUACUUUACCCAAACUUUUCAUAAACUUCUGACACUAAAACUUUAUGCAGCAUUGUUGGAGCAACUUAAUCACUUCAGUUGGUAAAACUCAUUUGAGUUCAUCCAAUUUAAGAAGUUGUGUUGAUCCACAAGUGAUGCAACUAGAAGUUUGAUGUUUUUUAUCCAGAAUCUAAAGCACAAUUCUGCUAUUAAACCAAUUCUUUCAUUUUGUUUACCUUUAUUUAAAGAAAACAACAGAAAAAAUGAAGAAACAUGGACAUCAAAUGCAAAAUGCAAAAUUUGAAAGGGACAAAAUGCAGCUUUUAAGUUGUGUGAAUCCACAAAAUGAAAAUGACAACAGAAAGACAAGUGAGAUUUAUUAAGUAAACUGACAUAUGAGUCGAUUUGAUAAAAUUCUAAAAGAAUUUAGGAAUACAAGUCAUAUAAUUCCCAUCAACUUAUUUUUUUCUAGUUUACUUAAUUCAAAUGUAUGUGUUUGCCAAACAUUUCUACUAAACUUAGUCAAAUUAACUCAUUUUUUUUUAGUUUUCUUGACCAGAAAUGAGCAAAACUCAUAUAUCUGCAUGAAGUGAACUGGAAAAGAUUCAUUGAUUUAACUAAAUUAACUCAUCCAAAGGAAUUUAGUCAAAUCAACUCAUCUUUUCUAGUUUACUGACUUACAAACUCAGCUAAUUUCAGGUUAAGUGAACUAGAAAAGAUGAGCUGAUCUGACCAAAUUCUGAAGGAAUAAGUUGGUUGACUGAACUUAGAAACAACUUGAGGCGUUUCGACUGAAAAUUAGUUGAAUGAAUGAACAGCUACAAGUUCAGUCAACUCAUUAAAUUAUUAAUUAUAUUUACAUUAAAUAAAAGAGAAAAGAUGAGUUGAUUUGACUGAAUUUAGUGCAAUCAACUAGUUCAGUUAAUGUACUUUAAUAUGUGACUUUUGCUGAUUUCUAGUUAACUGAACUUGAAAUGUCCAUUUUUCUUUUGUUUUCAUACCAUUUUAGAACUUCAAAACAUGAGUCCUUAGAAAAUAAUGUCAUGAAUAAAUAAGCUCAACUCUUAAACUUGAAUUAACUUUAUCAGAAACAAAACUAGUGUAUAAGACAGAAAGAGUUAAAACUCCUCAAUUUUUUGUAGUUUGAAGAAACAGACGUGGUAGAAACUUGCUGUGUGUCUUUUUAUCAUUUUAAAUCAAGUUCUGGAUGUUUUUUCUCAAAAUAAUCAAAAUGAGCCAAACAUGGACAAAGGUUUUAGUCCCUGCAGCUGUAGGUUUUUAAAUUGAUCUCACUUUAACCCGAAACAGACUGACUUUGUAGUGACUCUGGUCAAAAAUACCUUCAACAGUUGAGGUUUUAAGGUCUGUAAAAGGCUGAUUUUUAAGUAUUGUCUGUGUGUUUUGUUGAGUCAACUUAAUAUUUUAAGUGAACUGAACUCGUUUGCACAAGUUCAGUUCACUUAAAUCGGCCAGUUUUACACUUUCACAGCUCAUAGUGUGACUUAAGACUUAAGAUAAUUUACAGUGUAAACUAAGGUAUGUUUCAUAAACUUUAUUUUGAAGUUUUGAUGUUGCUUUGACUUUAAAUGCAACAUUUAUUAUUAUUAUUAUUUAAACAGUUUGAUUAAUGCCUGGUUUACCUGUCCAUUUAAAAAAAAAAAUAGCAUCUAAAAUCUUAUUUUUCUGGUGUGUGACAGAAUCAGGAGAGAAAAUUCAUUUCAGGGACACAAAAUCAAAGCCUAAAAAGUCAGAUUACCUUGAUUUUGUUCUCGUUAGAUUUUUGGUAAAAAACUAAAGUUUGGCCUCAACAAAUGAAAUUAUGUUCAAUCAACUGAUGCAGAAAUUUGAGUUUAAAUUCCACACAAUAAUAAAUUGAUGCAACUAUAUCAUGUCAACACAACCUAUCAAAAUAAUGCAUUUAUUUAUUCUACACUUAAUGAAGUGGUGAGAACACGUCUUUACAUUAGUUUUUUUAGUGUUUGCAUGCAGAUUGUUGUGGGUGUCCAGGUUUUAUUUUAUCUUCCAAGUCCUCAAAGUAGAUUAAAGCAAGUUGUGUUGCUUCAAAGUGCAAUUUGAAAUCAACAAUUCAGCCCUAAUCCACAUCAGAAAAACCUACAAUUACUCUGUUUUGGUAAUUUGCAAAAUGUACAGCAUCCGAUAUAACAGAUGCUUCACCGAUACCUGAUCUCAGACUCUUUAUUUGUGGAGGAGCCGUCUGUCAGAACAUCUUUUAAGACUUCAAUUAUUCUAGUUUAUGUUGGUUCAAAGUUUCCAAAUGAGGUCCGAUGUGCACGUUGUGAUCUAUGUACUUCCAAUGUUGGCAGAAACUCUGAAGAAAAUAUAAACACCUGGGCAUUUAAAAACAGAACUAUCUCCACUGAAAUGUGCUUUUAGUGGUAAAAUAUUUUGUUUUUAACUUUAAAAAGACGUAUAUUUGAUUGUUUUCAACUCCAUUCACAUCAUUUUUAAUGAAAAAAACAUGAUGGAUCAUAUUCUUGUUCGCAGUAUUAAUGAAAAACAGCCAAUUUACAAAGUUUUGAUGGAUAAAAUAACCAGAACAGGACGUUUAUAUCUGAUUAAUCCAGCAAACUAAACACCAAACAACUAAAUCUGCACACUGAUGCUGUAAAAUCAUCUAAAAGUUGCAGAAUUAUCAUAAAGUGAAUCUGCUCCAUGAUUUUCCAGAACUGUAAUAGGCAUAAAUAUCAACCCAAAAUGUCUCCAUGUAUAUCAUACAACUGUGUCAUGUCGUCCACUCCUGGAGACCCAACAGUUAAGGAAUAAACACCACAAAAAACACAAUUUUUUCUUUCUGGUUCCCAAUCAAUAAUGUACUUUCUUAGGAUUACUUAAAUAUUGUUUGUCAGCCAAUCGGUGCACCGGAAACGUCUCUUUUUCUUGGUUGUGUUUGGUUACUGCAGCAGAUUUACCUGCAACGUAAAUUUGAAUAGUCAAGCAAUCAAAAAAGUGAGAAUCUGCACCAUAAAGAUUCCAAAAAAUACGUAAAAGUGGGAGGUUUUUGAGACUAUUUCAGCUCUCUGACAGAAAAAGGUCCAACAGACUCAUUAGACAGCUGAUGUAUUCACUGAAUUCUGCGUUUUUGGUUUGAUUUUGACACAAAAAUUACAAUAUCUUUUUGAAAACUCUUAAUCCAGCAGCAAAGCUUUAGACGGGGUUGUGUAGUUUCGCUGAAAGCUCCUACCCUUUGACAGUUUGGAUGAAUGUUUCCAAGGAUAUCAGUAAAUGUUUACAUAUGGACACCUAUCUGUUGUAUUUUCAUUUUAUUUCAUAGGCUUUCACACUUUGCACAAUUCUUCACCAUCUGGGUGCUAAAGGUUGUGUUUAAACAAUGCAAAGCCUUAAACUGCACCGUCGUUGUGCAGGUAGUAUGUAUACUCUAUCAAAGUGUACAGUCCAAAUGCGUAUAGUUUGUUUCAAUCAAAAUACUACUUCCUGUCCAAGUGCUUUUAUUUUAAUUGGGUUGUUCCAAUCAAAAUACUACCUCCUGUCCAAGUGCUUUUAGUUUAAUUGGGUUGUUCCAAUCAAAAUACUACCUCCUGUCCAAGUGCUUACAGUUGCUAAGGUUUGCUCCACCCAAAAUACUCAUUUUUGUCCAAAUACUUAUAGUUUUAAUAGUUUGUUUCAAUCAAAAUACUACUUCUGUCCAAGUUUUUUAUUGUUUAAAAGAUUUGCGCCACCCAAAAUACAAAUUUCUGCACAAGUACAAGUAGUUUUAAUAGUGUGUUUAAAUCAAAAUAGCACUUCUUGUCCAAGUGCUUAUAGUUGGAGUGGUUUGUUCCAAUCAAAAUAGUACUUCUUUUCGAAGUUUUUAUAGUUGUAAUGGUUUGUUCCACCCAAAAUACCAAUUUCUGUCCAAGUGCUUAUAGUUUUAAUUGUUUAUUCCUAUCAAAAUACUACUUCCUGUCCAAGUUUUUAUAGUUUUAAAGGUUUGCUCCACCAAAAAUACCACUUUUUGUUCAAGUGCUUAUAGUUUUGGUUUGAUUUUGACACAAAAAUUAGAAUAAACAACUUUCUGAAAACCUCUUGUCCAGCAGCGAAGCCGUAGACAGGGUUGUGUAGCUUCGCUGAAAACUCCUAAUCUUUGACAGUUUGGAUGAAUGUUUCCAAGGAUAUCAGUAAAUGUUUACAUAUGGAUACGUAUCUGUUGUAUUUAUAUUCUAUUUUAUUUCAUAGGCUUUCACACUUUGCACAAUUCUUCACCGUCUGGGUGCUAAAGGUUGUGUUUAAAGCCUUAAACUGUGCCGUCGUUGUGCAGGUAGUUCGUAUACUCUAUCAAAGUGUAGUCAGUAAAUACUGUGAGCGCUAAUAUCUUUAUUAUUGAACACCUUAAUCUGUAUUCACUGUUUAUAUAAAGUUUGAAAAUAUAUAUAUCUAUUCGUGUUAAUCUAUAAGGGUGUUUGAUAAGACUGCAGGCAGCACACGAGGACGAAUCUGUGUCGCUACAUGGGUUGUGUUGUGUCUUCUUGAAUAAAAGAAGUUGUUUGA